GAGAAUCCGCUCGACGCCGGCCAUAUUGCUUUGAAUGAGUGCGUGAAAACAUCGGGCUAACGAGUAGCCGCGAAAUAAAUCUUCCAACAUCGUCGAGUUGCGGAGAUCCACACCGUGAUCGUCAAUCAUGGAGAAUUCCUACGGUAUCGGUACGACCAACCGCUUCUCGCUUUUGAUCGAAAACGAGUCGGAUCCGUCGGAGACGGCGAUCAUCGUCCCCGACAAGGAUUCGAAGAAGAGCAAGAGCAAGGUAGCCGAGAAGGAAAACAAAGGCAAGCCAGAGGCGCCGGCGAAGAAUAAGCAGCCGACGCAGCCGGCACGCAAGCCCGCCAAGGAGACGCCGCCGAAGCCAACUGAAGGCAAACGCGAAGACGGCAAGCCCACUGGACCACGCGCUGAGAACAAGACGGACAGGCCGUUCACGAAGUUCAACAGUGAGAAUCGCGAAGAGAGGAACAAUCGACGCAAUCGUGAAGAAAGGCCUUUCAAUGGCAAUUCAUUUGAUAACAACAAGGACCGUGAAGACAGACCGAGACGCGACAAUGCCGGAGGUGAUUUCGAGAGCCGACGAGGCCGUGGCGGUAUUGGCAACCGAGGUGCACGUGGGGCUGGCCCACGUCGCCAAUUUGAUGACCGAAGAGGCAAACGUGAAUUCGACAGGCAGAGUGGAUCCGACAAGACGCAUGGUUACAGAGGAGUGAAACCAGUUGACAAAAGGGACGGUGCUGGCGCUCAUAACUGGGGAUCUCACAAGGACGUCAUCGAAGAGGCAGACCCAAGCAAGACUACCAAUGAUGUUGAAGCUGUCUGGAACGAAGGCGAAAAGACCGAUGCUGCUAACACUACUGUUGAAUCUAAGGAAGGAGAAACUGAAGCCGAGCCCACGCCCGUAGAAGAGGAACCCAAGGAACUGACCCUCGACGAAUGGAAGGCUCAACGCGCUGGACGCCAGAAGCCACAAUACAAUCUACGCAAGGCGGGCGAAGGCGAGGAUCAGACACAAUGGAAGAAAAUGUACGAGCUGAGUAAGAAGAAGGCUGGCGAGGAAGAGGACUCCGAAGAUGAUGAAUACGAUAAUGCUGAGUAUCCGCAACGCGUCGGCCGCCAGAAGCAUGUGAUUGGCAUUGACUUCCACUUCAACGACUCGAACAGACGAGGCACUGGUGGACGCGGGCGUGGUACCCGCGGCGCUGGACGUGGAGGACGUCCUCGUGAACCACGUGGUACUGGCGGUGACAAAGGUGGUCGUUAUCGCAACGAAGAUGCUCCAUCGAGAGAAAUGGGUGGCGGUCGUGAGGAGAGCGUUUAUCACGCACGCAACGCUCCCAAGGUCGACGACGAGCGCGCCUUCCCAUCGCUCGGUUAAAUACCGCGCCUCCUGUAGCCGGAGCGGCGCUAAUUCACACAACAAAGCAGCAACAUCAACAGCCAACAUCCAUUCGACGACCACGGCGCAGGCGACAAACAACCGCAGCAUAUAAACAACAACAACAUACGCAACCCGCAACCACAGCUCUUUAUCACGUUCUCUCAUCACGGCCACCAAUAUACUAAUAUUGCAACAGACAUUUUUGAACGCAGCGCGGUUUGGAAAACUACUCUUUUCAACCAACUGUCAUAUUGUACGACUAUUGUUUUCACCGCGAAAGCAAAGCACAAGUGAUCGAAUCUUGAUCGUAUCGAAUCUUAAACGUGGAGUGUACGCCGCGCGGCGUACUGUAAAACUAAAACGAGAAAAAAAUUGAACGCGCAUGAAAAUAUGAAUUGGUACAAACAAACAAAUUACUAUGAAAUGUUCAUGUUCAUAAAAAAAGAAAUAGCGGCGAUUGUUGAAUACUAUUAUUAUAAAUAGGAUUAUUAUUAACUCAUCAUUUUUUGUUUUCUCAUCAUCGAACACAUACACAUUACGUUUUUAUUUCACCGGCGAGUGCAGAGUUUAUUUUUUCAUUCGACAUUUUUAACUACACACACAGACACACUAUGCACGCGCGCACGCAUGAACACUUGUAAAUGUAUCAUCAGUAAUCUUGUUUUCGGAUUAAUUCGCGGCCGGUUUUUAAAUCUUGCUAGAUCUAGAAGACGGACUAUAUAUAUAUAUCAUGCGUUUUUAGUUUGAAUAUUGUUACAAAGAAGAUGAAAACUAGGCCUCGGCGUGACGCGCGGCGCGAGACACAUUUGAACACGAAUCAAUAUAUGCAUACAUUAUUAGUAUUUUGAUAAUGUAAUUAACUAUUAAACCUAUUACAAGAUUGUGUGUAAAUAAUGCCAACAUUUAAUUAGAUAUUAAUGCGUUCCGUGCGUUUCGUUCACCUCACACACAAAACAUCCGGUACGCCGUAAACAGAAACUAAUACCAGAUAAACAAACAAACAAACAAAAGAAACAUUUCUUCUCUUUCUGCAUGUAAACAGAAGAUGCAAAUUUAUUGUAACGAUGGAGACGCAAGAAGAGGAUGCCGAGUCUCCGCAACUCGACGAUGAAAACGAUCACGGAUAAAAUAUUACAAUUAACAUUAAUUAAUCGAUAAGUUCAUUAAUGUUAAACAUUAAACAAUUGAGAAAAAAGAGUAACAAAUCUUAUCUUCGGCGCGUGUUGAUUGUACAAGCAAAAGCAAAUUUCGAGUGUAAAAACGACAACGACGACUCACACACAGCAUUUUUCGGCGGGCGAUUGCCGGACACACUGGUGCUCUGGUGGUCGCCGGAUUAGUCUCCCUCGACCACACGGUUUCCUCAAAAGGUCUCACUAGACUUAAGCAAAAUGUGUACCCCAUGUGAAGCAGAGCGAGAAAAAUAAGUAAUAAAUGGCAAGGAACCCCCGAACUUGACGCGCAGGCACCAGUAACCAUGAAUUUGAUAAGAUCUUUAGGCAAUGUUGAAUGUGAACUAACUUUUGACAUUUAGAACUUGCAAACCAAUCAAAUAAUGAGCACUAAUAAAUGAGUGUUUCUUUUAAAUGUUGCGCAUCGGCGCCGUUUUCAUCACACGUAUUCACUAGUUUUGUUUUUGGGCUGUAGCGAAGUAAGUUGUAGCUAGUAACGAUUUUUUUUAUAUAUAAAGUGUUGUGGCGUUUCUUUUCAUUUUGGUUACGCUUGCGAUGCGUGCGGAAGGCGACUGUUCGUAGCUUGUACAAACUUAGUUUAUUUGGAUAAACUAUUAUUUUUCGUUCUUUUUGUUUGUAUUUAGUCGUAAAUUUGUGAUUGAAUUUUGUUGACGUGCUUUUUAUUAUUACUUAUUAAUAAUAGUAAUAGUAUGUAGUCGAA